AGCCGCGACAGCUCUUCAGCAGCAGUUCUCCUCGCGCGAGGGUUAGGAAGAAUGACUUUGGAGUCCAUGAUGGCGUGCUGCCUGAGCGAGGAAGCCAAGGAAGCCCGGCGGAUCAACGACGAGAUCGAGCGGCAGCUGCGCCGGGACAAGCGGGACGCCCGUCGGGAACUGAAGCUGCUGCUGCUGGGCACAGGAGAGAGUGGCAAAAGCACGUUCAUCAAACAGAUGAGAAUCAUUCAUGGAUCAGGUUACUCUGAUGAAGACAAAAGGGGCUUUACGAAAUUGGUGUACCAGAAUAUAUUUACAGCAAUGCAGACCAUGAUCAGAGCAAUGGAUACCCUCAAAAUCCCAUACAAGUACGACCAUAAUAAGGCUCAUGCACAGUUAGUUCGAGAAGUCGAUGUAGAGAAGGUGUCAACUUUUGACAACCCCUAUGUAGAUGCACUGAGAAGUUUAUGGAAUGACCCUGGAAUCCAGGAAUGUUAUGAUAGACGACGAGAAUAUCAGUUAUCAGAUUCAACAAAAUAUUACCUUAACGACUUGGACCGCAUAGCAGAUUUGGCCUAUCUGCCAACUCAGCAAGAUGUGCUUAGAGUUCGAGUCCCAACAACAGGGAUCAUUGAAUAUCCAUUUGACUUACAAAGCGUCAUUUUCAGAAUGGUGGAUGUAGGAGGCCAACGAUCAGAAAGAAGAAAAUGGAUACAUUGCUUUGAAAAUGUCACAUCUAUCAUGUUCCUAGUAGCUCUUAGUGAAUAUGAUCAAGUGCUUGUGGAGUCCGACAAUGAGAAUCGAAUGGAAGAAAGCAAAGCACUCUUUAGGACAAUUAUCACAUAUCCAUGGUUCCAGAAUUCUUCGGUCAUUCUGUUCUUAAAUAAAAAAGAUCUUUUAGAGGAGAAAAUUAUGUACUCCCAUUUAGUUGAUUAUUUCCCAGAGUAUGAUGGACCACAACGGGAUGCACAAGCAGCACGAGAGUUCAUCUUGAAGAUGUUUGUAGACCUGAAUCCAGAUAGUGACAAAAUUAUCUACUCCCACUUCACUUGUGCUACAGACACAGAGAAUAUACGCUUUGUCUUUGCUGCUGUCAAGGACACGAUUCUACAGUUAAACCUGAAGGAAUACAACCUGGUCUAACUGUGCCUAAGAGGCCCUCCAAGACCACCUUUGUGUGAUUGAAGAUGCACAAUAGGGACUGGAUUAUCUGUGAAAACAAGUUGCAUAAUACUAAUUUAUUGCUGGCCUGUACUCUGUGAAUGUUCAGAGUUUUUUAGUUGAUAUUAUGAUUUUAUUUAAACUAUGUAGAGGAAAACCAAAAGAUGCUGAAGUACAUUCACAGUACAUUUUCUUAUUUUUUAGGCAAAAUCUUGUGACUCGGUGGUUUCUAAAUUCUCAGUCAUACACUCAAAAAGGAUAACAGGUUUGUGCUAUUGAAGCAAAAUCAAGCUGGUUUCCUCUUUCCCUGACCCUUUCUCUCCCUCCUUCCUCCCCUGCUAUGUUUUAAAAGUACAAUGGCCAUUUUACUACUUGCAUUCCUUGAUAAUAUAUUUCCAGUUUAGUGACUUGGCCAAGAAAAUUACUAUCAUCAGAAGUGAUCAGUCAUUCAAAUUUUACAGAAUGUGCUUUCUCUGAAGGAUCAGAAGUAUUGAUAGUAUGAUUUUUUUAAUUCUUAAAAUUAGUGUUCUCAUUCUGUCUUCACUUCUGAGACUAGAAUAUUGGGAAUUGCAAAAUAUAAAUAGUUGUGUAUGGAUUUAGAAUUUAAACAUACUUUCACAGUUCAGAAAGAUGCAUAGAAGACAGUAAUAAAAUAAUUAAAGACAUAAAUGUUCAUAGAAUAUCAUUGAGUCUCUUUUUAAUUGCUAUGUGCCAUUAUUUUCUCUUUUCUUUAUUCACUAAUGACAAGUAGAAAUGUCAUGGACACUACAUUUUCCCCAGUGACUACAGCUGGAAACAGGGUUAGGGGUUUAUUUUUCAGUUGUGUGCAUUUUUUCUUAAGUUAGAGCUUUUUUAAAGUGUUUUUCCACUGUAGAAAUUUUUUUUUUCUGUAUAAAAUCUUGCCAAAUAUGGCUUUUUAUGAAACCAAUACUUUUGAAACAUAAGAUAGAGAUUGAAAUGCCAAACUAAUGGAUUGGGAAUUGACCUGAUUGAGUCAACUGCCAAAUGAUAAACAUAGUUUUAACUCAUAUGUUCUUGUUUUUAUUGUGUUCCAUUUUCUAAUGCCAAAAACAACAGUGUGAGUGAAUAUGCUACUCAGUAUAUGUGUAUAGAAGACAGUUUAAUUCUCUCCUUAUGUCAGAGAUGGCAUGAGAUUGCAUACAAUGUUUUUUCUAAUAAUAUCAAGCACCUCGUUUAUUACUGAUGAAUGAUCACAUUCAGAAACCUUUCUUGAUAAGGUUGCCUCUUAACCUAUUC